AUGGCACCUAAUGUGAAGACCGUGGAUCUCUCCAACACAGUCAGUGCAUACCACGCCCCUGGGGCUGUUAGCAAGAGCAGCAAUUUGCUUCAUAUCUCGGGUCAGGUUGGAACCACGAAGGAUGGUGUAGCACCACCUGACUACGAAUCCCAACUUCAUCUCACACUUCUGAACCUUCGAAAGGUUAUUAUCGCAGCAGGUGCUUCGAUCAAGGAUAUUGUCAAGUUGACUAUUUUGAUUGUCAACUAUGACGCUGCCAACCGCAGGCAUACACGUCAUGUCCAGAAGUUCCUUGGUGGCCAUCGCCCUGCAAUUACUUUGAUACCGGUCCAACAACUUGCUAUUGCAUCAUGGCUUGUUGAGAUCGAUGCCGUUGUUGCCGUCCCAGAACCGGCUCUUCCUCCUUCUCUUCCGCAAGCAUCUCAGUCUGUUGAUGUCGUUAUCAUUGGUGCUGGACUGGCUGGUCUUACUGCAGCACAUGAACUGAUUCGAGUUGGAGUUUCAUGCAUUGUUCUGGAAGCUCGCGAUCGUGUUGGAGGCAAGACCUGGAGUACCCCACUUGAUGACAAGGGAACUGUUGAUCUCGGUGCUGCCUGGAUUAAUGAUACCAACCAGAGUCACAUCACUAAGCUGGUUAAGCGUUUUGGAGUGGAGCUUAUCGAACAAAAUACCGAUGGAAAUGCCGUCCUUCAAGACUUUGAUGGUAAAUGCUCACCGUUCGCAUAUGGUGAUCUACCUCCCUUCGAUGAAAAGACCCGGACUCACCUAGCCAGUAUUCGUGACAUGUGCGAGGCAGACUGUCAAGCUCUCGACGCAUGGCGACCGGUUGGUCCUAGCCUUGACUCCCUUACCUUUGAAGCGUACCUGCGUUCCCGCGAUGCCAGUGAAGUUGCACUUGCUACGGCCACUGUAUGGACACGGGCGAUGCUUGGUCAGGAGCCUCGCGAUAUCUCUGCUCUCUACUUCUUGAACUACUGCAAAUCUGGGGGUGGUCUUCUACAGAUGCGAUCUGAUCGCAAAGGUGGUGGCCAGCAUCUAAGAAUUCGCAAGGGUACUCAAGUAUUUGCAGUACAUCUUAACGACACAUUACCACCUGGUACCGUUCAACUGUUGUCACCUGUUGACUCAGUGGUUCAAGAGGGGCCGUCUGUUAAGGUCUCAACAAAAGGAACUGUGUAUUCUGCUAGUAAACUGAUUACCACGGUGCCCACUCCGGCCUUAAAGAACAUCUCAUUCUAUCCCAAGCUACCACCAGUCAAAGAGGCAUGGCUAGAUUCAACCAGCUAUGGAUACUACACAAAGGCCAUGGUGGUAUUCGACAACCCUUUCUGGGUAAAGAGUGGCUUCUGUGGUCUUGCUCAGUCCUUUGUCGGCCCUGCUAGUGUCGUUCGAGACACAUCUAGCCCCGCAGACAAUAAGCAUGUGUUGACGUGCUUUAUGGCUAGUGACCAUGGCCUUGCCUGGUCGAAGCUACCGACCAGGGAUCGUGAACAGGCCCUGCUGAAACAGCUCGAGCAAUUGUUUGGAGUGAAUGAUCUUGAAGCAAGCUUCGUCCAGUUGGUAUCGUACGAGUGGGUACAGGAUGAGUGGGCAGGCUGGGGUUGUCCUUCAACUGCACUCGCCCCUGGUGUUCUCGAUACAUUAGGUCCUGAUGCGCUUCGCGAGAGCUGGCGCAACGUGCAUUUCGCUGGCACUGAGACUGCUGGAGAAUGGAAAGGUUAUAUGGAGGGCGCUAUUAGAAGUGGUGAGAGAGCUGCCGCGGAGGUUCUCAAGGGAUUGAACGCUGCAUUUGUCGCACGUUUGUAA